AAUCCCCCCAUAAUUUAUAGUGACCCAUUUCCAUUUUUCUUCCUUUUUAAAAUUUAUUCAUUUAAAUAGAAAUAUUUCAAAAAAGAUGUCCCGUUUCCACUCAUAUUCGAUGCUCAUUCUCCUUCUCCACUGCUCCAAAGGAGAAAAUACAGGUUUGCAAAGGGCCUUCCCUUCACCAUAAAACCUCCCUUCUCCAAUCCAGCUGCAUGAAUUCCACAACCACUGAGUUCGUUCCCUCGAGGCGGAUGGGCCUAUACGAGCCGCUCCACCAGAUGAGCAUGUGGGGCGACUUCUCGCCCCCGCCUCCGCCCAUCAUGCUCGAGGUCAAUGCCAAUCCAGACAACCAGUCGGAGGAAACCUUCGGAGCUUCCCACAGAAACGAUCAGGAAGCGAGCAAACCCGACGAUAAGGUCCUGAGACGCCUAGCUCAGAACCGGGAAGCUGCUCGUAAGAGCCGGCUAAGAAAGAAGGCGUACGUGCAGCAGUUAGAAAACAGCAAGCUGAGGCUCAUUCAGCUCGAGCAGGAGCUCGACCGAGCCCGGCAGCAGGGGUUGUGUGAUGCUACUCAGCUGGCCUACGCUGGAAACACGAAUCCAGGAAUCACCGCGUUUGAGGUGGAGUACGGGCACUGGGUAGAGGAGCAGAAUCGGCAAGUCUCGGACUUGAAGAACGCUCUACAUUCCGAAAUGGGAGACAUGGAGCUGCAGAUAUUCGUUGAGGGCGGAAUGAGGCAUUACUUCGAGCUCUUCGCUAUGAAGGUCACAGCCGCGAGGGCCGACGUUUUCUACAUCAUGUCUGGCAUGUGGAAAACGUCGGCCGAGCGCUUCUUCCUGUGGAUAGGAGGAUUCCGCCCUUCAGAACUCCUCAAGCAGGUGCUCUCGCCACACCUCGACGACUUGACAGAGCAGCAACGUCUCGAUAUUGUGAAUCUCACGCAGUCGUGCCAGCAAGCGGAAGACGCGCUGUCGCAGGGGAUGGAGAAGCUGCAGUUCAUCCUAGCCCAAGCCAUUGCCGACGGCCUACUGCGCGAAGGGAACUACCUACCUCAGAUUGGAGCUGCCAUGAACAAGCUCGAAGAUCUGGUCAGGUUCGUCGUUCAGGCAGACCAUCUGCGACAAGAGACACUGCAGCAGAUCUCACGCAUCCUCACCAUCCGUCAAGCAGCCAGUGGCCUUCUAGCCCUUGGCGAGUACCUGCAACGCCUUCGGGUUCUGAGCUCAUGCUGGUCGUCUCGCCCGCGCGAUGUCUGUGUGUCUAAGAUCUAAGGCUUUAGCACAAUUUUGAGGUGCUUGAGAAAUUUGUAGAUAUGAUCAGAUUAGCUAUCUGUGUAGAUGAAUUUGUCUAUUAGACUUCUUCAUGUUUGAUUUGGGCUUUUCUACAUUGUGUAAAACAAGCUAUCUUAGCAGUUACAACCUCACUUUCCUA